UGCUCCCGGCACAUAACGGCCCCCGGAAGAGCCUGCGCUGUCCGCGCUCGGUAGGACCGGCUCCGGUAAAGACGCCCCCUCCUCCGGUAGAUGAAUUUGUCGCCCUCCGGUAGCGGUGUAGUCAGCCCCGGGUGUGGCCCCGGAAGUCGGCUCCUCCCAUCAUGGCGGCGGAGUCGGACGGUACCCGGGUGGCUCCCCGGUGCCCCCGCUACUCUCUCCGGGACGGGCUGUGGGUGCUGGCCGCGCUGCUCGUCUUUUUCUCGGACGGAGCUUCGGACCUGUGGCUGGCGGUGGAUUACCUGCAGCGGCACCGGCUCAGCUGCUUCUGGCCCACGGUGCUCCUGGUGCUGCUGCCAUCCCUCCUCACCCAGAGCCUGAGCUUCAGCUGGGCGGUCACUGACCGAGGGUCCUCGCCCGGCGCCACCCGCCCCUGCUGCCGCCUGUGCGCCUGGCUCCUGCAGGGCUCCGUCCACCUGCUGCAGCUCGGACAGGUGUGGAGAUACCUGCGGGCACUGUAUCUGGGCCUGCAGAGCCGUUGGCAUUCGGAGCAACAGGGCCGCCAUUUCUACUGGCGCAUGAUGUUUGAGAGUGCAGAUAUCAGCAUGCUGCGCCUGCUAGAGACUUUUCUAAAGAGCGCCCCCCAGCUGGUUCUGCAGCUCUGCAUCAUGGUACAGCAAGGCAAUGUGGAGACUCUACAGGGUCUUUCUGCCACCGCUUCUCUCCUGUCUCUUGCCUGGAUGAUUGCCUCUUACCAAAAGGUUCUAAGGGAUUCCCGUGAUGAUAAGAUGCCAAUGUCCUACAAGGGGGCUGUUGUUCAGAUACUGUGGCAUCUCUUCACCAUUGCUGCCCGAGCUUUGGCAUUCUCGCUGUUUGCAUCUGUCUUCCACUUGUACUUUGGUAUUUUCAUUGUUACUCACUGGUGUCUCAUGACUUUUUGGAUUAUCCAAGGAGAGACUGACUUCUGCAUGUCUCGCUGGGAGGAGAUUAUCUACAACAUGGUGCUGGGAAUCAUCUAUAUCUUCUGCUGGUUCAAUGUUCGUGAGGGUCGGACCCGCUGUAGAAUGACCACCUAUUACGUUAUCGUGCUGUCUGAGAAUGCAGUCCUCACAGCUCUGUGGUAUUAUUAUCGGCCGGAUUAUAAUGUUAGCGACUUCUACGCUGUCCUUAUUGUUUGCUCCAUCCUCUGCAGCUUUGCCCUUGGUGUCUUCUUCAUGCUCCUAUAUUACAGUCUUCUGCAUCCCAAUGGUCCAAUGUUUGGUCCCUCAAGCAGUAGUUGUGUCUUCACAGAAAGUCCUGAGACGUCUAGGGUUCCAGAAUUAGCGGGUACAGAGAGCCUUCCUCGUACUCUGCCACGGACUACAGAGCAAGAUAGGGAAUUUGUGCCUGGUGACAGGGAUAGUUGUGUUCCUGUCUUCCAAGUCCGGUCUAGUGUCCCCCUAACCCCUGUGACACGUGGUCCCCGGGCACAGGGACCUGUUAUACGUAUAGAUCUUCCACGCAAGAAGUAUCCAGCCUGGGAUGCCCAUUUUAUAGACCGCCGCUUGCGAAAGACUAUUUUGGCCCUGGAAUAUUCUUCCCCUGCCACACCACGUGUCCAGUACCGAACUGUAGGGACCUCACAGGAAGUUGCUGAGUAUGAAACCACUGUAUGAUGCUCUUCUCAAGAAGUAGAGUGAGGGAGAGACUUGGGGAUCGCCUAAUGGUGAGAGGCUAUACAACGUUGUGAGUGAGGGUCGAGUUGAAUAGGGACACUGACAUGAGUACAGUGGCAGGAGAGAUGACUUUGAGAGGAGACAACUGGUGGCGUUCUCCUAUAAGGUAGGCUACACUCGUGAGAUGUUUCAUGCAGCACUGAAGGUUUGGGGCACACAGUGAGCAGAAGACACUCUGUGGGUAUGCAUGUUGUAAGAGACUCUCAAGAGCAGAGACAGGUAACCAAAGGUUCCCAACUUGUGUCGGACCUGACUUUGCCAUUCAGCAAUGUCUUAACUACAAUAGGUUGACUGGAAAGACAUUCUGAUUUUUUUCUGCCAACAGCAGAUGACCUAUCACAGGUUGCCUAAACACUUCCAGGGUCGGGAGUGUAUACCUGACAUAUAGAGGGUGAAAGUAGCCGCCCCAUCGGUACAUCCUGUCUAGAACAAGAGAGAAAGCGUUGCUUGGAUUGGGCAGGUGGGACCUCACAUGGUUCAGGAGGACUUGAUGCAAUAGGGAAAAACCUUGAUCCCAUAAGAGAGACCAUCCUGAGUGGGUGGAAUUGGUGCUACUAAAAGAUUAGGUGUUUGUGGAGAGCAGGUAACAAUUACUAUGAGUACAUGACUGCCUGUAUUGUAUAUAUUGGUGAUGGCGUGUAUGGUGGUGUUGAUAUAAUGGUGUAUUAGCCUAUGUAUUUUAAGCAGGGUUUUCUAAUUCUUCCAUAUGGAGAAUCUAACCUAUAUAUAGCUGCAAUGCAUAGGGCCCGGUGUAAUCCAUUGCUGUCAGCCUGUAGCAUUUCAGCUGUUGUGAAUCUACAACUUCCAUUACGCUGCGGUCAGACAUGGUCGAAGUUGUGGUUUUAUGUCAGAUGAAUGUCAGUUUAAUAUUCCAUAAACAGCAAUGCAGAUGGAGCACAUACAAUGGCAACACAUACCCCCUGUAGUCCCUAAUUUAUUCAUACCCUCACAGACCACACAUGGUGUAGCGGUUUAGCAUGCUGUAGUGUCAUAUAGUGGCACAUAGCACAGCAAAAUGAGAUGGCAAGGCUAGUUCUACAACUUCUUUUCUUCAGGUGUAGCUAUAGUGGGUACAGAGGUAGCAUAUGCAUCCAGGCCCCUCUGCCGCGUAAAAAGACACCAGCAUCAUAAUGGUAGGCGGGGGCCUUGUUACAGAUUUUGCAUUGGGGCCCAGAAACUUCACAUUAGACCUCUGCCCAGAGCAAUAUAUUUACUGAUUAAUAACCCUCGGACAAUAUAAACAGCUGACAUUAAAGGUGUUUUCUCAUUAACAAUACUCCGACCCCUGGAAGUCCCCUAGUCUUGACAAUGGGGGGUCCUGUGUUCACUCUAUUGAAUGGAGCAGUGAUUUCAUGUCCGCUACCACUCCUCUACUUUUAUCAGCUUUAUGGGACCGCUGCAGUGGCCUACGACAGAUCAGACACUAAUAAGUAUUGUUAUUGGGAAAAUCUCGUAAAAUGGAGUUGUGGCCCUCUGCAUAACAUGAAAGACCCCUUUACGCUGUCUCAACAGCUGGCAGAUCAUCGCUAACGAGCUCCUUUACUAACUCUCGUUAGUAACUAAUCAGCUGAUGUAAAAGUGCUGCCGAUUACCCGACGAACAUGCUCGUUCAUCGGGUAAUAAAAUUGUUUAUGCGGGCACUUAAAUCAUAGUUUGUGGGCGGCAGAUCGUGCCGUCCAAAAAGCCUCUGCUGCCAGCAAACAGUGAUUCUGCAUGGGGACGAGCA